AUGUCUCUCCCUGUUGCCACGAAGGAUGUCGGCGACAAGCCCGCCGCUAACUCUGUCGUCGACCCCGUCGACAAGAAGACCCAGGCUGCAGAUGUCGAUCGCAAACUCAGAUUCUACGGCGUCAUCAAGGCGUUCGCCGAGUCGCGCAUGCCCGGCAACGACCAGAUCGACAAAACCCUCAAAUACGUUCUCCAGAACUCCCCCGUUGACGUCAAGGACCUCUCUCCUGACGGCCAACGACUCAUCCAAGAUACCCGCGACAUCAUCGAGACCGCCCGCGAGAUCGUCCAGCAGAAGAACGCCGACGAGCUCUUCCAGAACUUCGUCUGGCACACACGCGACGUGAACGUUGAUCACGCGAAGAAGGACCCCAGCGAGGUCGUCCCCGUCGACAAGGAGAAGGCGAAGAGCGACGGCCAACAGGCUGUCAAGCACCUUCGCACUCUCCUCUCCCUCGUCCUUACCAACUCGGAAGUCCGCAAGCUCGUUACGGACUUCUCCGUGAUCGGUCGCGACAUCUUGGCUCGCACAGCGAGCAAGGUCGCUGACAAGGCGCGUCCCGACGCCGAUCGCCUCGCCCAGGUGGACGAGUCUGCACCUCGAGACCAGUUUGUCUCCGAGGGUGGACGCCUGGUUGGUCCAGAUGAGACGCCGGUGCUCGAAGCCCGCAUUCCUGGGACCGACACGACUGUUGCUCAGCAUCCCCACGAGGAACUGGGCCAUGGCGCGAAGGUCACGCAAAGCAAUGGCGAAGUCAAGAGCGGCGCUCAGGCCAUCAACGAAACCCAAGCGCGCAAGGAUGAGGCUAUCGAGCGUGCGCAGAUCGAGGCCGAGGACACUAGGAACGCUAUUGGCGGUGAUCCCGUCCCUGAGGAUCGCGCAGACGCGGAAGCCAAGAAGUCCGGUCUCAUGAACAAGAUUCGCGGCUUUAGGGAUAACAUGACCGAUCGCGUCCCUCAAGAGCACAAGGACCGCGCCAACGACAACUUCAACCGCGCGAAGCAGGUUCUCAGCGAGGACUACUUCCCUGAGGAGCGCCGUGACCAGUUCAUCUACCGUGGCAAGAAGGUCAUCGUAGAGUGCCAGAAGCACAAGGACUACCAGGAAUCUAUUCAAUGGCUCCUGAACUUCCUCGAAGAGUACGCCUCUCAUGGGAAGACUGUCGUCGACCACGGCAAGGACUCUGCCCAGAAGGUCCAGGGCGACUCGACAUUGCAACAGGCCACCUCCGAGCUUCGCACCCUGCUCGAGCGAUUUGCCAACGGAAAGAGCCUUUCCCUCAUCGGUGACGCUAUGCAACAGCUCUUCAGGGAUGCUCAAGAGGACGCUGAGCUCAGGCAAUGGUUCUCGGACGUCGACACAUACACUCGCAAGGUCUUGUUGGACCCCGGCUUCGUCUUGGAGCCGCAGUGCAACAACGAGGCCAACGCCCUUCGCGAGAACGGGCGUCGCUUCUACGACGAGAAGUACAAGGGCCACUUCGACAACCUGUUCAACGCCGCGAUGGAGUGGUUCCGUGCUCUCGGCGAAGAUCCUCUUAACAAGAGGUUCGGCGAAGACUGGGCGCGCCUCACGAAGGAUCUUCUCUUCGACAGCGAAGGAAGCCUCAAGUUCAAGCCCGACCUUUGGAUGGACAUCCGCAAGGUUAUCCUGCCGAGCAUCAUCGAUCAGGUUGGAUACGUUCCCAUCCCGCGCAUCGAGUACACCGACGAUAUGCUGGACUUGGUCAUCGAGAACCUCGCACUGUCCGGCCGCAACCUCUUCCCCAACGUUGUCAGCAUGGAGGCGCACAACUUCGUCAAGUUCAGCCCGUACAACGCGAUCAAGGAUGAGAACCACCACGAGUUCAUCUUGACUUUCGGUCAGAUCCAAGCGGACAUGCGCGAUGUCGCCUUCUACUUCAAGAAGAAGACCGGCUUCCCGAAGUUGUCCGACUCCGGUCUCGCCGACGUCUUGCUUGGCGGCGAAGGUCUUACGAUCACCGCCCACAUCGUGUCCGCAGACAAGGAUCGGUCGAGCGUGUUCAAGGUCAAGAACGUCCACGUGAAGGUUGGGACGCUUAAGUUCUCCAUCCGCGACUCGAAGCACGACACCCUGUACAACACCCUCCGCCCUCUCGCAACCGGACUCGUCAAGCGCCAGCUCCAGAAGGCUAUCGCCGACGCCGUCACUACCGGGUUGGAGUACGUCGAUGGACAGCUCGUGGGUGUGCGCGACCGCAUGUCUGAGGCCAAGAACACCGAUGGCCAAUCGCGGACCCAGGCUCUGCAGGAGCUGUUCCAGCGCAAGAAGGCAGAGGCAGAGUCGGUCAAGAGCAAGACAGAGGAGAAGGGCUCGCACUUCAAGAUUGUCUCGCGCCGCGACUCCGCGUUGCUACCCGCGCAGGGUCACCCCGCUGGGUGGGUCAACCGCACCCAAGAACGCGAGGAGGCCGCGCUCCGUGGGCAAGAAUGGCGCAGUGACGCGUUCACCAUCGUCUAA